ACCCUCAUUUUUGUUGCGAGUCCUCCAUUUUUCAUGUAUUUUGAGAAUUAUUAUUUUUAUUUUCAUCCAAUUGUGUACCGGUGAAACCCAAAAGCGAACAUAGAGUAUUUUCAUUCCAUCGAACCGGUCCAAGUAAAACCGAUUGCCCUCUAUUGACAACCUCGAAGCAAAGCCCACUGGUUUACCUACUACUGACAACCAACUCUUGCCGGGACCUCACCUUCUAGCAAUACCAAGCAGCGUCCCUCAAGUGACUCGUGCAAGAAAACGAUGAGUAGCAACAAUAUGACAGCAAUGCCGAUGGCCCCCGGCAUGGACCCCCACAUGGUAGCUUACUUCCAGGCACAGCAGCGGUUGCAGAAACAUCAGCAUCAACAACGAGGGCAGCAAGCAUUGCCACCGGGCCCAAACAAUGUCGCCUCUCAGCAACAACCACACCAACGUACACAAGGCCAGCCACCACGUCAAAAUCAACAGCAACCCCAACAGCAACAGGGCCAGCAAUUACAGCAAGAAGUUCUUCCGGGGAGGAAACCCCGGGCCGACGCCAACGUCGCAAGCGUUUUAUUGCAGCUCAAAACGAAACAGAACGGCGAACACGUGCCGGCCACCGAAGCCGAAGCCCUGCGCAUCCAGGCAGAGCAUCAGGCCGCUCUCAACGUCCGCACGGCGACGGUUCGUGGCCUCCCGCAAAUGAAUGCGUCUCCGCAGCUGGCGGGGCUGCAUGGAUAUCCGGGAGCACCGGUUCCCCAAGCACCGGGUCCCAUGCCGCCCGCCAUGGGGAUGAACGUGAACAUGCCCGUGAACAUGCCCAUGAACAUGAACAUGUACGGCUAUCCCGGAAUGGUGCCCUUCGCGCUCCCCCAGAAUUCCAUGGGGGGCAUGCCACCGCCCGCUGGCUACCCUAUGCCGCCCGGGGUCCACGUUCCGGUGCCCAUGGGCGUCGCCGUUGGCGAUCACGCGAGCGCGGGCCAAAUGGUCCAGGGAUUGAACCACGCUGCCCCUGGUGUGAUGCCGCAGGGCCGUCCCGACAAUGGGGGUUCGGUUGCCGGCGGUCACGGGACCGAAAAGGCUGGGACCAUCAUGACGGAUGCCUACAUCGAGUCCCUCAUCAGCGACGAUGUCAUGUCGAAGAUCGCGACGACGAGGACCGCGAGCAAUGCCGAGCCAUCCUCCAACGCUCCUCCAAACGUUACGGACGGAAGUACCAGUGCCAAGGACAACAUGAAUGUGCCUCUGGUAGUCCCGAAGGAUCGAGAUCUCAUCCCGGACGCGCUCUUUGUGGCCCUGGGACAAAUGAAACCUACCCGGCUCCAACAAAGCGAUCGGGUGGGAUGCUACAAGACACGGCAGAUCAAUUUCUUGGGAAUGUGUUGCAAGGUGCGUAUUGUAUACCUAUUGUGCCUGAGCAAUGACUGGUUGAGUCUCUUUGAGUUCCGUUUUGAUUUUCAAAAAACAAUAGCUCACUAUGGCCAUCAUUGUUCGUUUGUUUCUAUCACUUGUUCCUGACCUUUGGUUUGUACAAUGCAACGCAAUACCACGCAAUACAACACCACGCAACCCAACCAAACCGAACCCAAUGACGCAAAAUAGCACUGCGGAGGUCAACCCGGAUUUGGACGCUACUUUCCGAAUUCCGUUCGCUCCCUGGCACAAACCACUACAAGCCAGACCAUUCUCAAGCACAUUGGUGGGAAAUGCCGGAUGUGCCCACCCGCCGUUCGAAAGGCCGUCCUGGAAUUGCAACGCCAGCAGGCCCACAAGGACCACAUGACCAGCGGACGACCCCGUUACGGCUCACGAAAAAUCUUUUUCCAGAGGAUGUGGGCCCGCCUCCACGGACGAUCUGCGGAUGGAGAAACCGCCGUGGUGGUCGAGUCCGACGUGUCUCCCGAAACGGCUCGGGCCGAAGCCAAGCGAGCGAACACCCUGAAGUUCAGCUGCAAAACAAGCACAAUCAAGAGUAACAUCAUAAACAAGACGGUGCCCUUCCACACCACUAAGGAAGAACCUUCUGAGGAUGUUGUUCGAUCACCUCCAUCGGAGGUUUCGAACAAUAAUUCCGACGAAGAAGACAACAACCAUAGCAGCGAGGCCGAUGAGUCGAAAAAAGAACAAAACUGUGAUGUGGUAAACAUCCGUUUGAGCAUCGACCACAACGUUGCCACGAAUAGCAAUAGCAAUGUCCAUAGUGGUGACAAACGGAAGCUCAACGUCACGACUACGGCUGCUACGAACAGCAGCGAACUCCGAGACGACGAGCGUGCGAAAAAGCUUCGAAUCUCUCCUAUCGAAUCCGUGGAGGUUUAGCCAAGACUAGUAUGUUAUUUGCUUUGGUUUCAAUUUGUCUUCGUUGCAUCGGGAAGCAUUCAAUCGAUCGAUCGAAAGAGAAACGCUUGUUGCUGAGGCUGCGACUGCUACAUACGUUUUCUUCAUUUGUUUCCACAUCUAUAUCUGUAACCAAGAGGGCCUCUGAGAGCGUGCGUAAUACAAACGCUGCCCAUUCAAGCGAAGCCGUUAUAUACAAACAACGGCUACAAUUUUGAGUCACCAGACACUGUGCAUCGCAAUGGAUUUCAUUGCUAUUUAUGGCCUGCUGACCGCUAAUACGACACGCCGAACAAUGCAUCUGAUUGAUUCUGCACGAAGAAUAAAUGAACGUAUCAUUUAUCGUCGAAGUACAUAUUUCAUUGAUAGAUCCAUUCAUCUCUCUAUCCACCCUUCCACCAAUGAGGCAAUGUGAUAGAUAGUUCGAUGGGGGGCGGGGACCAGGGAUCUACUUCUUCUUUUCUGAUAAGAAGAGCUGAUCUGUAAUCAUAAUCAAACGAACAAAAGCACGUUACAGUUUAUUACUUCAUGCCAUGGCAUUACGAGUGCAAAAUAAUACAAGUACUGUAAUAAUUAAUAUAUUAUUUC